ACUCCCUCAGUAGUCAUGCACAGGAAAACCGAAUUCAUUUGCUGCUGCUUGUCAAGAACAAUCAAGUCAUUACACUCUGUGGUGCUCAGGAGUAUACUGUAGUGUUCGAUGACAUAAAUGCAGUCUUAAAUUUGGCUUUCCUUCAAUGUGUCUGACAAGCUCAGGAUCAUGAUGCUUCCAGAGGAGGACCUGACCUGCCCCGUGUGCUGUGACAUCUUUACAGAUCCCGUUUUGCUGUCAUGCAGCCACAGCUUCUGCAGGAGCUGUUUGCAGAAAUGCUGGGACACAGGAUUGCGUGAAUGUCCCGUAUGCCGAAAAAGAGCCUCCAAGGUCAAUCCUCCUUCUAACUUGGCUCUGAAAAACUUGUGCGAGGCUGUUCUCCAGGCCAGGAAUUUGGCGCCGGUGGAAGAUAAGAUGGCUUGUGAUGUCCACGGGGAGAAGCUGAAACUGUACUGUCUGACUGACAAACAGCCCAUCUGUGUUGUUUGCCAGUCAUCCAAACUGCACAGGAGCCACGAGUGCUCCCCAGUAGAGGAGGCAGCGCUGGACUGCAAGGAUGAACUUCAAUUAGCCCUCAAGAGCUUGCAAGAUAAACUGGAUAACCUCAAACGAAUUAAAAAAACAUCAGCGGAUGUGCUGAGCUACAUAAAGACUCAGGCCCUCGAAACGCAGAAGCGGAUCAAGAAGCAGUUUGAGCAGCUCCAUCAUCUUCUCUAUGAUGAAGAAUCUGUCCGAUUAGCCGCUGUGAAAAAAGAAGAGGAAGAGAGGAUCAUAGCAAUGAAGGAUAAGGUUAAGGAGCUUUCUGCAGAGAUGGUGUCUCUUGCAGAAACCAUCUCAAUCUUACAACGGGAGCUUAAGGAAGACAGUAUGGUGCUGCUGAUGAACUUUAAAGAAAAUCAGGAGAGAAGCAACAGUGUCCACCUGUGUUCAGAAAACAUGUCUGGAGUAUUGACUGACAUGACCAAGCAUCUCUGCAACCUCAAGUACCGGGUCUGGGAGAAAAUGCUGGACCACAUCGACUACACUCCUGUGACCUUGGACCCAAAUACAGCACACCCCUGCCUCAUUCUGUCUGAAGAUCUCACUUCCCUCUACUACUCAAAGCAACCCAGCUGUUGCCCUGACAACCCAGAGCGCUUCCACAUCAGCGCCGAAGUGGUGGGUAUGACCGUGCUCGGCUCAGGAAGUCACCACUGGGUCGUGGAGACUGGAAGUAAUGAGGACUGGCUCCUUGGCCUGGCCUCUGUGUCCAUACCCAGGAAUGCUGAGAUUGCUGCUAGGCCUGAAAACGGGUUCUGGACUUUGUGUUUUCGGGACAGAGAGCUCAAGGCCAUGACCUCGCCGCCCACUCUGCUCACGAUUCCAAAAAUACCCCAGCAAGUUAAAGUGCAACUGGAUUACAACAAGGGGAUAGUGUCUUUUUUUGACUGUGCCGAUGACACGCUCAUUUAUGCGUUCACACACACUUUCACGGAAACACUGCUUCCGUAUUUUUAUACACAAAGUAGCCAACCGCUGAAAAUUCUUCCAGAGAAGGUGCUUAUCACAAUGCUGCGUCAAUGAGUCAUUUUGUGAGGAAAGAUGGUCUGUUUUAACUGAAGAAACCAAAGUCAGUCAUUCAUCCAUUCAUCCUCAGAGGAUGAUUGCUAUUUUUGCAUUGGAAAUUUGGUGUCAAAUUAUU